AUGUCUAAGCCGGUGUUUACACUCGCCGAAGGACAACCCCUUUCGGACCCUUCGGUCAGCACAACAUUACCUCUAUUUGGUGGUGGAAGCCUGACGACCUUGGGUGACACGCUUCUCCUCGAAACGUUGGCGCACUUUAACCGAGAAAGAAUCCCAGAGCGAGUGGUUCAUGCCAAGGCAACCGGCGCAUGGGGAGAGUUUGAAGUAACCAACAAGGACAUUUCCUCCUUGACCACGGCCAAGUUUCUCAGCAGUCCCGGCAAGAAGACCCAAGUUCUCUUCCGCCUGAGCACAGUGGGCGGUGAAAAGGGAAGCGCCGAUACGGUUCGUGAUGUUCGAGGCUUUGCUGUCAAGUUCUUCACGGAACAAGGCAACUUUGACAUUGUUGGCAAUGACAUUCCCGUGUUCUUCGUCCGCGACCCCGUACGAUUUCCCUCACUCAAUAGAAGCCACAAGAAACAUCCUGCGACGAACAGACCAGACUGGACCAUGUUUUGGGACUUUCACGUCAAUCAGCCAGAGAGCGCCCAUACCCUGAUGCAUCUCUUCAGCACUCGCGGAAUACCCGACUCGAUCCGGCGAGUAAACGGCUUCGGCGUCCAUACAUUCAAGCUCGUCGACAACGAGGGCAACUUCAAAUAUUGCAAGUUCCAUUUCCGCCCGGCCCAAGGCAUCGGCCACCUGUCCGACCAAGAAGCAGAGAGCAUGGCCGGCGUCGAUCCCGACUUUCACACAAAGGAUCUCUGGGACGCCAUUGCCCGCGGCAACUUCCCCGUCUGGAAGCUGUACAUUCAACUCAUGGAGCCCCGUGACGCCGAAAAGCACGGCCGCAUAGUGUUCGACAUCACCAAAGUCUGGCCGCACAAGGAAUUCCCCCUGAUCGAAGUCGGCCAGAUGACGCUCACCCAAAACCCAAGGAACUUCUUCGCCGAGAUCGAGCAAGCCGCCUUCUCGCCGUCCAACCUCGUCCCUGGCAUCGCCGCAUCCCCAGACCCAAUGCUGCAGGCUCGCAUGUUUGCCUACCCCGACGCCCAGCGGUACCGCCUCGGCGUCAACUACGCACAACUACCCCCGAAUCGACCGACUGCCCCCGUCUACGCGCCAUACGAGCGGGACGGAGUAACCACGAGCUCAAACUACGGAGGGGAUGCGAAUUAUGUCCGCGGCACUCUCGGCCCGGGCGUGGCCUCGCGCUCUGCCACCACGCAGAUCAGACACCUCGAGCGAGUUCACCCGGCUGCCACCCUGGGACUGAACGAGCUCGCCGUGACAGAGGAGGACUUUGAGCAGCCCAGAGUCCUGUGGCAGAAGGUCUUUGACGAGGCGGAGAAGGCGCGCUGGAUAUCCGCCGUCAGCGAGACGUUGGAGGGUGUUCCUCCUCCUCUUCGAGAAGCAGUGCGGUCGCUGUUUAGUCGGGUCGAUGCGCAGAUUGGGCAGCUGCUGUCUGCCGAGGACAAGGAGGCCUCGCAUCUGUAG